AACGUGGUCGUGCAGGGCGGGAAUCCGGCUGCCCCUGCCGCGACGGCCCGCGCUCUGGGCGCCAACGCCGCAGUGCGAUCUCGGCCGCCGGCGGAGAAUGCCAGCAAGACCGCGGGCGUAAAGCGGAGGAAGGUUCCGGCUAAAAGGAAGCCACCUUCAACCUCUCACUCCAUCCCCCCGCAAGGAGGUGCUCCGGCGAUGCCGUUCAACGGUGCCGCUCCCCCCGCGAGCGAGGUGUUCGACGAAAUGGCUGCAAGCGGUGGUUCGAACAAUGCAACAACCGAGUUCGUGAACUUGUUGGACACGAACGCGGUUGACAUUGAUCAAGCCCCUUUCGAACCAUUCGACUACAAUGAAACGGACGGCGGCGUGGAUGAUCAUGGUUGUGCGGACGAAUUGGAGGAGAUCGAAGCGGACGCGUUUGAGGAAUCGCAAUCAAAGAGUGGGAAGAGCCAAAGAUCGAAGAACUACACGAUCUUGGAAGAUCAAGCUUUGAUCCAAGCAUGGAGUGCGGUGUCUCUUGAUCCAUGCACGGGUGUUUCUCAAACCGCCAAGAGAUAUUGGCAAAGGAUCGAAGAUCAGUACUUCCGCAUUAUGAAAAAGUAUCCCAAUAGGACUCCACGCACAUUUCGGUCGCUUCAAGGGCGUUGGGAGAAUAUCAAGCCUAUGUGCAGCCGUUGGGCAGCUUGCUUGGAGCAAGUACGCAAUGCACCUCCAAGUGGCACCGUGGAGUCCGAUUAUGACAAGAUUGCUCAACAUAGAUACAAGGCCAUGGAAGCUUCGGAAGGCAGAUUCUUCAAAUUAGAGCAUUGUUGGGAGUUGCUCCAAAAGUGCGAUAAGUGGAAGUUGAUCGACAGAGAAUCCCCACCAAAGAGAGGCUCACUUGCAAACAUGGAUGAAGAUGAAGAUGAUGAUGGCCCAAGAAAUUUGCACAAGCCCGAUGGCGACAAGAAGACUAGAGAGAAGAUCAAGAGAGAGCAAGAAGCAUCGAGCUUGAGGGAGAAGAUUGAUGCCAUGGUGCAAUCAAACGAGUUGAUGUUGUUGAAGUCGUUGGAGAUCUAGAAAGAGUUGGCCAAGAAGAAGGCAAAAGAGAAGCAAGAAAAAUGGCAAAUGCUCAAGGAAGAGGGGCUCCGCAAAGCUGCCAUUGAGGAGAGAAAAGCACACGCCUCUGAAAACAAAUCGAUGUCAUUGUUGCUUGCCGAAGAGAACAAGAUCAUGUCAAUGAACCGCAAUGACAUGGACGACCUCACCAAAACAUGGCAUGAUAUGGCAAGGAGAGAGAUCUUGAAGAGGAGAAUGGUAGCCUCGGCCGGUCCGUGUUCCAGUUCUGGUGAUGUUUUCUCUGCUCCAUAUGGUGGCAAUGUGGAUGAUUUCGGUGCGGGAGUUGGAACAAGCGACGAAGGUGGAUUCGGUGGCGCCGAUGAACUUCAAUAUGGACUCCAUGGCGCGGAGUGAAGAUCGACCUCCAAGAUGAUGCCGGACAUGGGCGCAAACCUUUUGCAUGCCCUCUUUUGCGAUUGUCGAUUAUUGCAUCCGAAAACGAUUACAAUGGAAUACCUGCUUUGCCCGUCGAGUUUACAGGGAAGGGGAAUACUAUGAAGAAAUGAUGCGCUAUCUCCGGCGCAAUCUUGCAUUAUACCCAUACCAUCUUGCAGACUAUAUAUGCCGAGUAUUGAGGAUCUCACCAUUCAGAUAUUACUGUGACAUCCUGUUCGAAACUAUGAAGAACGAACAACCAUAUGAUAGUAUUCCAAACUUCACUGCUGCUGAUGCCCUAAGGCUGACUGGUAUUGGAAGAAAUGAAUUUAUUGAUACUAUGAACAAAUGCAGAUCAAAGAAACUAAUGUGGAAGCUGAACAAAUCAAUCGCAAAAGAUUUACUGCCUACACAGCCUGUUGACUUCCCAAUCGAGCCUUGGUGGGGAGUUUGUCUGGUUAACUUUACAUUGGAAGAGUUCAAGAAACUUUCAGAAGAAGAAACAGCAACCAUAGACAAAAUCUGCAAAGAGGAAGCCAAUUCAUAUGUUCUUUUUGAUAUGAAGAUUAUAGAUGACCUCUAUAAAAGAGGGUUAGUGUACUUUGAUGUGCCUGUUUACACUGAUGACCGCUUCAAAGUUUCUAGGCUUGAAGGCUUUGUUUCUAACAAGGAUCAAUCCUAUGAAGACCCAAUCGAAGAGCUACUUUAUGCUGUAUUUGUUGUGUCAAGUGCUAAUGCUACUGUUGCUGAAUUGGCUGCAACUUUACAAGCUGACCUUUAUCAGCUGCAGGCAGCGGCAUCAUUUGCUUGCCGACUGGGCUGGGCUGUAAAACUUGUGGAUGGUGACUCUGUAUUUAAAGACGAAGUUGAACCUCCAUCUCUCAGUAACAUUCUUAGUGAUGAUGAUGAAGGUUCAAAUGCAAGUAUCAACUCAGAAAAGUCCAAUCAACAGUUGCUUAGCAUCGAUACUAAUGGACCCAGGAGAAUAUCUGGGACAGCUCAUGUAGGUUUUGUUGUUGAUGCCAAUGUUACUUCAUACUUGAUGAUGGGUUCAUUGUCCCCAGGUCUAAAAUCUCAUGCUGUCACGCUGUAUGAAGCUGGAAAAUUAGGUGAUUCUUGCAUUGCGGAACUAUGCAGUGAUCUGGCUAGUUUAGAAGGAAAGAAAUUUGAGGGUGUGCUAGAGGAGUUUGCUAAUCAUGCAUUCAGUCUGCGGUGGUCCCUCGAGUGUUUAAAGUCCGGUGGAGUUUCUACCGAUGAUAGUACUGAUAAAGAUGGUGAAACAAAGACUCCAACAAAUUUAUUGCAUCAAAAUGUUACAGCCCAUCUGGCCAAUGCAAACAUGGAGGACAGAGAUGAGGAUGGCCUUGGUGAAGUGCCCCAGGAUAACUGCUCUACUGAUGUUUUAGAUAAUAAAGAUGCGAAUAUAUCAUCAGUGUCAAUGGGUUUACCAGAACGUGGGGAAAACAUGGUUAGAAUUGAGGCUCAGAAUGACUCAACUGGCACCAAUGCGUUGAUGAUAAAAAGGAAGUACACUGUUGAUGUCCUCCGAUGUGAGAGCCUUGCUUCACUUGCUCCAGCAACACUAGAACGGCUAUUUCUCCGUGACUAUGACAUUAUUGUGUCAAUGGUACCUCUUCCUUCUUCAUCAGUUCUUCCUGGUCCUUCAGGCACGAUUCAUUUUGGUCCACCCUCUUAUUGUGCGAUGACACCUUGGAUGAAGCUAGUAUUGUAUACUGCAGGCCAUUCUGGACCACUAUCUGCUGUUUUCUUGAAAGGACAACGCUUCAGAUUGCUUCCUGAACCAUUAGCUGGUUGUGAAAAAGCAUUGAUAUGGUCUUGGGAUGGCUCUAUGGUUGGUGGACUAGGAGGGAAGUUUGAAGGGAAUUUGGUCAAGGGCAAUCUACUCUUACAUUGCUUGAACUCGAUGUUGAAGCAAUCUGCUGUGUUAGUGCAACCGCUUAGAAUAGAUGAUCUUAACGCAUCAGGAAACCUUGUCACAGUGGAUAUCCCUUUACCCCUGAAGAAUGAUGAUCAUUCAAUUGCAUCUGUGGUAGCUCAAGCGAAUUUGCCAAAGGAACAGGUCUUUAAUUUGACCUCAGUACUGAAAGACCUAUCCAGUAAAUUCCAGUUGACCACGCUUGGCUACCUUCGUCUAUUAAGACUUAACAAUCUUGUUGAAUCAGAUAAGUUUCACCCAGAAAAUGCAAGUUACCAGUGGGUGCCCUUGAGUUUGGAGUUUGGAAUUCCCUUGUUCAAUCCAAACUUAUGUGAGAAGAUUUGUGAAAGGGUGGUUGCGUCUCGUAUACUUCAGAAAGAUGAUCUCACUGAACAUUAUGAUGUGAUGCAAAAUGUAAGGAGGCGUCUCAGAGAACUUUGUAGUGAAUAUCAAGCAACUGGACCAGUAGCUAAGUUAUAUAACAAGAGGGGAAGCUCGAGGGAUCUACCUCGCACUUUAAUCAAUAGUAUUAGUAGCAGAUGGGAUCCAACAAAUGAUCCUUCAGCACCAACCAACACAAGAACCCCAAGUGAACACGAGAGGCUAAAACUUGCUGUCCGACAGAGAUGCGGCACAGAAGUUGUGGGCUUUGAUGGGAGGACUGUCAGGUCAUAUUCACUCUCUCCGGAGCAGGACGAGGUUACCACCAAACACAUCUCUGACGAACAGUCAUCCACCCAUGAAGGAAAGCCAGAUCAAGAAGAUGCACACAGCAAGGAUGUAACCUUGCCAGGACUAAACCUUAUCUUUGACGGAGUUGAAUUACACCCCUUCGAUAUUGGUGCUUGUCUUCAAGCACGCCAACCUCUCUGGUUGAUAGCUGAGGCAUCAACAGUUUCAUCAACCCUCAUAUGAUGCGUCCAUGUGGUCAUCUCGCUUUUGCUCCAAUAUCUCCGUCUAUGCUGGUAAAUCAGAACUGAAACUGUUGCAACUAAUGCUUCUCGAAAGGCUUAUUUCAUUAAUCUUGAGACUCGAGGACUCUUGAGGGAAUAUUUUGUUGUACAAAGGGUUCGGUGCCGUUUGAUGUGCCAUGUGAGCAUGUGGUGAACUGCUGUAUUUCACAUGAAUGACCAGACCAGACAUUGCUCGGAGAUUGCAUUUGUCGA